AGGAAGUAGGAAGAAAAACCCAGUUGAUAGAGGAGCACAGUGGUGGCCAGGUGCCUCCUGAACAAGUCCUGUCAGUUGAAAAACUGAAACCGUCACUCAACAUACGUCGUGAGCAAACUGAACCCCUGUCCCGUCCCAGACCAGAGAUGACACAGAGCUCCUUGUAUCCUGCUAGUGCCCACACUAAGACGGCAGACCGCCAGAUGUCUUUCUUGUCUUCAGAGCUAAGUGAAGGUAACCUUCACACAGCAGAGCAGAUGGACAGGGAAGAAGAAGUUUCCUCUGGACAAAAGUCCCAACACCAGGAACCAAAAAUUACAGUUGACUCUAGGAAAAGGUUUAAGGAGGAGGACCCAAAGGAGUCUGAGAGGGAGGAGUUUGAUGAAGCUGACACCAGGUCGGGAGAUGAGGGGGGCGACAGGACACCAGUGACCCCUGUCCAAGUGUUCAUGACAGAAACUCAAAGGACACAGCUGGCCUCCAGGGGGACACAGGGUAGUAGAGUGACCAUACAGUCACCUAGCAGAGAGGGAGGAGACACAAAUGGAGAGCAAAGUUUUGCACAGGAUUCGGAUGAUCUUGCUGGCGCUUACUGGGAGUCUGAACACCAUAAGUUUGACUUUGGGGACUACUCUUCUGUCCUGUGUGAGAUGGACCCUCUCUCCUACCACCAGCUGGGGCUAGCUGUCCCAGGGACUUAUAUAAAUGAAAUUGUUGAGUCUGAUAUAACUGUUCCCUGGAGGCCUAAAAAUGCUGCGGAGCUACUGGAUAUACAUGAAAUUGCAUUGAACAAGUUGUCAUUGAGGAUGCACAAGAUGUAUGAGAAAGUCCAUGAUGCUGCCAUGUUAUCUGUGGAUCCCAACUUCAAGAAAGACAUCCCAGUUGAAAGCACAUUCCUUAAAAAUUUAGAUCAAUUCAGCAGUAGGGGUCAAACAGCUGAAUCAGUAAAGUUGCCAGGAACGCAAGCCUCUAAAAACAACAGUCAUUCUGGAGGAGGCGACAAUGAGACAACUGUCAGCUUGCCACCUGUCAAGAGAAAUAAUGAGCAUAUAUCCAAGGAGAGAAUGGGGACCACAACUUCUCACAGGAUUGUAUUUUACCCCAACCCUGUCACCCCACCCCCUGUCCUGCCCAUUACCAGAACAAGUAAAGACAAGGAGUACCCCCGCCUUCCCAAUGCAUUCAAUGAUAUCCACACUCCCAGAGAGAAGGCAGAGAGAAUUGUAAACCAGGGAAAUCUCUUGGAGAAGACCAAGUUCAGUCUUUACAGGGCCAAACCCAAGUCCAAAACGGUGUCAUCUCAGAAUGACACAAAGGGUCUUAUGCACCAGCUCACUCUAAAGGAGGUGCAAAGGAAAGGCGCCACAACACCUGCUUCCAGCCGUUCAGUUUCAUUUAAGGCCAUGGCAAAGCUAGCAAGCAAAAUGGGAGGUGGAGAUGACAUAGAGCUCCCCCAAUCCCGCUGUACGUGUAACAUGUCACGAAGGCGCAGUCGGCAAGGUGGACCAAGCCAGGAUGUCUCCAUGGCAGAACCUGGGGAGACAUGUGGUCAGGAGGAGCAAGAGGAAGAAGGGACUUGGAAAAAGAUCAAGCCUAAGUCAGGUCCCUUGAAACACUCAGGGAUCAAAUGGGAAAGAGUGAAGGACAUUGUCCACAACAACCUGACUGCCAGUCACCCAGAUGAGAGAAAGGAUGCCAUACAGCAAUUAGGCCUGUUGAAGAGCGGUGAUACCAUGGUGAUGUUUGCACUGAAAGAGAGGCUGGAAAAGGAAGACGAGCAGGACGAUGUAAAGUACGAAGCCACCAAAGCACUGGUGCUGCUAGGUUGUUGGGAAGAAGAUGUGGUUAAAAUGAUUGUUAAGUUUUUGGUGUCGGGGAAUCAGGAAACAAGAAAAGAUCUGAUACGUGCCAUGAUAAAUGGACGAAAUGUACAGUUUGUUAACAAGAAAAUGGAAGUUUUUCCCAUACUGGUAGAAGUGCUGAGUCAUUUCUGUAAGAACCCAGACCCCUGUGACCCUGUAGCCUUUGAUGCCUCCCUGUGCCUUGGUAAACUGUGCGUGAAGGAAGAGGCAGCUAGGACAAGACUGCGGAAGACUUUAUUUGAGACUAAGGAUACACAUAUCAAAAAUCAGGCCCUGGACAUACUGGUAAGACAACUGCAUGAGAAGGACUGGGCCAUUGUGAAGGCAGUUCUAAUGCAGCUGAGGCAUUCUCCAAACUGGAGGCACAGAGCAGAGGCUGCCAAACUCAUUGCUUUCCUGGGUCCAAAAAACGUCUGCAAAGAGUCAGAGGUAGAAAAAGUUUUUGCCCUGUUGGAAUCCAGACUUUGGGAUGACCCAGUCAAGAGUGUGCGACUUGAGAUCACGAAGGCCCUGCAGGCUCUAGGCAUGUACCAGAGGGUAUGUGACAGGGCCAUGAAGCAUCUUGAUAGUACUGAUGAAGACAUAAGGUCACAAGCAGUGAUUUCUCUGGGAGUUCUUGGAAAGAAGGAUGAAAAGACAGUCAGAAUACUCCUGGAAAUGCUGGAGCUGGAUUCCAGUGAAUAUGUCCGUCUCAUGAUUAUUCGAACAUUUGCAACAAUGGGUAUCACUGACAAGAAGAUAAUACGAACUCUGAGGGAACGAGAGAAGACAGAGGGCGUCCUUGGCAGAGAAUCUACCAAAGCGCUGAAACUGCUAGGAGCAAAUCCCACCGUCUCAGCAACAAAGGUGAUUUGAGGGCAAGAUGUCAGAGUAAGAUGGAUCAACCUCUCUGGUUACUUUGAAGGCUGAUCUUCAGCUCAAAGUUGUAGUUGCAUAUGACUGACUGGGAGCUUUUGUUAGGGAUGCAUGUUCUUGAUCUCAUCUACUAGUAGACAGCACUUCAAAAGAGCAGACCUAAGAA